GUCUGAUUAGGUAAGAUUUAUAACCUUAUCACAAUAUAGGCGUUAUUUUAGGCAUGACUUAAGUAUAGAAAGGAAAUACAUAUUCAUUACUUUUAAAGUAUUAUAGAUAUGGCAAGAGUCACACCUAGUAAACUGCUUAAUUUCAUUAGUCCAAAAAUACAUUUAUAUUCUAGGGUGUCUAAGGAAUCCUGUAACUUACCCAUUGUCACAGCAUUGGGGCAGUCUUUUCAAAUCAGAGAAAGAAGACCUGCAGCACCUAAACCUAGAUUUCCUUUAUGGUUUUUGAAGAAGGAAAGAGUGCAAUAUAAUGAAUCUUUAACUGUAGACAAUAAAAAUUUUAUUAAAGAAGUUUCACAUGAUAAAUUCGGACCACCAGCUAUCAUUAGUGGUCUCUCGACUUAUGACACACCGAGCCCAUUAAAAGAGCAACCGCUAGUCAAAGGAGAGUGGACAGAGAAUACGAAAAGAUGUGGAUUAAUAACGAGGAAGAUUGGUUGCUAUCCAAUGUGGGAUGUGAAAGGACGACUUAUUUGGUCAACCCUGUUACAGGUAGUUGAUAAUCAUGUUGUUAGUUUUAUUCCAUCAGAAAAUAUUAACUCAGAAAGAAAAAACAGAAAGGCAAAAAAUCCUUUGGGAGCUCUUCUUAUUGGUGCUGAAAGUUGUGAUCCACAAAAGUAUACUAAAGAGUAUUGUGGUCUGUUCGCUGGUGCUGGCCUUCCUCCUAAAAGAUUUCUCUCAAAGUUUUUUAUUACUCCUAAUGCUAAAAUACAGCCGGGUACACCUCUCUAUGCUACGCAUUUUCAACCUGGUGAUGUUAUUGAUGUCGCAGGAGUGACAAUAGAUAGAGGCUUCCAAGGAGUGAUGAAAAGGUGGGGAUUCAAGGGAAUGCCAAAGUCGCAUGGUGUUACAAAGACCCACAGGAGAGGAGGAAACAUUGGAGGAGGUGGGGAAAAGGCCCGUGUCUGGCCUGGCACGAAGAUGCCCGGUCAUAUGGGCAACAAGCGAAGAAUAUUAAGAGGAUUAACAAUAUGGAGAAUUAACACGAAGUAUAAUGUCCUUUAUGUACAAGGUUUAGCAAUACCUGGAGAAACAAACUCAAUUAUAACAAUUUUUGACACCAUUCUUCCUCUCAGGAAGAAGAAACAAGCACCUGCAUAUUUUCCCACAUUCUACCCUAGCGAUCUAGAUGAUCCACUUCCAGAAGAUCUUUAUGAAAACAGCGUUCAUCAUUUCGAUGCACCAACAAUUACAUUUGAGGAGCCAAAAUGAAGCAAUAUUUCAAAUUUAAUAGUAAUUUUUAUUUUUCUUGAUGGUUCUAAUGUUAAAUAAGAACUACACGUUAAUGUUUAACAACCAAAAAUUGUAAAUACUCUGUUAUGAUAUGUUCAGUAUGUAAAAGCAACUGUUUAAUAAAAUCAAUUAUUAAAAUAUAA